UGUAUUAUUCCUUUCAUUACUCUGCUCAGUGAAUGCGAGCAAGUCUAGUGAGGUUUGCAAAGAUGGUAGUCAAACAUAAGGUGACCGGUUACGAGGAGUUCACAAAGCUGGCCGAAAGCUUGGAAAGCAGCGGAGAACCGGUGCACAUCCUGUUUACCGGCAGCAAGGAUGAGAACGGUGAUAGCUGGUGUCCCUACUGCGUGAAGGCCGCACCCGUCGUCACCAAAGCUUUGGACACUGCACCGGAGAAGAGCCAUUUCAUCACGGUUGAAAUCGAACGUCCAUUCUGGAAAGAUCUGAACUGCCCUUAUCGCAAGGACCCUCGGACACAUCUGGUGUUCCUUCCCACGCUGCUACGAUGGCGUUCACCCCAGCGCUUGGACGGGUCUCAGUGUGCCAACGCUGAGCUGGUCGAAAUGUUGUUCCAAGAUGAAGAUUAAACAA